AUGGGCUCAAUCGCACCCAAAUCCGUCCGGAUAGGCGUCGACGUAGGAGGGACCAACACCGAUGCCGUCGCCAUCGACUUCUCCCAGCAAGACUCCCCAUCGCGCGGCAUACUAUCCCACCACAAAACACCCACAACCGCAGAUAUAACCUCCGGGAUCGAGACAGCAGUCCGACAUAUUUUACAAGAAUCACAAAUAACAGAUAGUCAACUCGCCUCCGUAACAAUUGGUACCACAGCAUUUUUAAACUCCGUGAUCGAGCAGGAUACUCGACGUCUAAGCCGCGUAGCGAUCAUUCGCCUAUCCCGCUCUUUUUUGAGAGAUGUAAAGCCAUUUUCAGGCUGGCCGGCCGGCCUGGCGGGGAUUCUGAAUGGGUAUGUGGGAUAUGUUGACGGGGGAUUGCAAAUUGACGGAUCGGAGGAGGCUCCCGUGGUGGAGGAGCAGGUGAUGAGGGAAUGUCAAGAGAUUAAAAAGUUGGGCCUUACGUCUAUUGUUGUUGCCGGAGUGUAUUCGCCCAUUGAUAAAGAGAGCCGGCAGGAAGAGCGUGUAAGGGACAUUAUCGCACGCGAGAUCCCCGGCGCGGAUAUUGUUUGUUCUCACGAGGUGGCUAAUAUCGGCUUUCUGGAGCGCGAGAACGCAUCUAUUCUCAAUGCAGCAAUCCUCAGAUACGCUCGACAGACUGUUCGGAAUUUUCGGUCCGCAAUGAAACGACUGAACCUAACAUGUCCCCUAUUCCUCACCCAAAACGACGGGACGCUCUUAGAGUCAGCGUCAGCAGCCAAAGUUCCAAUCCGGACCUUCUCUUCAGGAGCAACCAAUUCAAUGCGUGGUGCUGCUUAUUUAUCCGGGCACAAACUGGGUUCCACAUCCGCCAUUGUGGUUGAUAUUGGGGGCACGACGACAGAUGUAGGGAUUCUGCUUCCUUCUGGAUUUCCGAAGCAGGCUUCUGCCUAUGUGACUGUUUCUGGGGUCAGCGUAAAUUAUUCAAUGCCGCAUUUGCACUCAAUAGGUCUGGGCGGCGGCUCGCUCGUGCUGGAAACCGACCGGGGAAUCACCAUUGGACCAGAAUCUGUGGGGCACGACCUUGCAACGAAAGCUCUGGUGUUCGGCGGUAGCACAAUUACUGCAACGGAUAUUGCAGUAGCAGCUGGAAAGACUGACAUCGGAUCGCGAGACUUAGUCGGCCACUUCACAUCUAAUUUCCUGGAAGGAGCACAGGAGAAGCUCAAAAUUCUGCUCGAGCGAGCAAUUGAGCAGAUAAAGCCUUCUGAGGAUCCAUUACCAGUCCUUCUAGUAGGAGGCGGAACUAUCCUCGCUCCAGAUUCAUUACACGGUGCCUCAAAACUGGUACUACCUCCAUUUCAUGGUGUAGCCAAUGCCGUUGGAGCUGCCUGUUCCAAGGUGGGAGGAACAGUUGACAUGAUCCAAAGCUUAGCAAACCAGACCAGCAAGCAAGCUCGCGAAAAGGCGUGCGAGGUUGCAAUUGCGCGUGCUGUUAAGGCCGGCGCGCUUGAGGGUUCUGUUGAGAUUGCGGAAAUCGAUGCCAUGCCGAUUCCGUAUCUGGCCAACCAGCUUCGAAUCGUCGUCAAGGCAAUUGGCGACCUAGAUCUUAUCGCGUCCCUACUCGUUGCCGAGGAUGAAGAUACUGGUGAUGAUGAUGUAUAUACGAGCGUGGAGUCAACGAAGAUAUUCCAUGAUAUCGUCGUGGAAGAGACGCCCAUCGACCACCAUGCUUACCGACCAACCAUUGUCAGAACCGCACAGGGCAUUCCGGAGUGGUUGAUCUCGGCGAUUGAUAUUGAUUACAUCUCAGACGGCUGCUACGUACUCGGAUGUGGCGGAGGCGGUAGUCCAGGACCUGGGAGACUUCAGCUCCUAGAUAUGCUCAAAACGGGUUACCAGAUACGCUGUGUUGAUCACUCAGCCCUAGAAGAUGAUGCUGUCAUUUACUGGGGUGGUCGCAUGGGAUCUCCUGCAACAACCGCCGAGAGACUCCAGGCGCAUGAGACCGUUUCCGCGAUCAAGGUGCUAAUGGAGUACCUAGGGCACUCUACAUUUGCUGCCGUGAUGCCCCUUGAAAUUGGCGGCUCGAACGGACUUGAACCAUUCCUAUGGGGCUCGGACAGGUUCUACGACCGGCCAAUUAUCGAUGGGGAUUUCAUGGGCAAAGCAAAUCCAUGCUGUUGGCAAAACACCCUUUCGGUACAUGCACCUGGAAACCUGGCUCCCUGUUCUGUCGAUUCCGGCGAUGGCCAGUCAAUUGUCAUGACAAGAAGCACCGACGAUCCGACUGUAGAUAAAGUUCUCCGAGGUGCUAUCACAGAAAUGGGUUCCCUUGCUGGACUGGUUUGUAAACCGACGACGGGGGCGAUGGCGCGUAAACAUGCAGUGCUGAAUACGGUUUCCUUGUCCUGGCGGAUAGGACGGGCGAUUGCGCAAGCGCAGGCAAAUAAUGCACUUUCAACCGUUGGAGAAGCGAUCAUUAAAGAAGUUGGCGGGGCUGAGAGUGCGAAGAUUAUUUUCCGUGGGAAGAUUGUAUCUGUGGAGAAUGCCAUGCAUAAGGGCCAUUCAGUUGGCGUCCUCACUAUUGUCGAAGUCCCGAGUGAAGAAGUUGAUGAUUUGGCUAGCACCAGUAUGCCAGCUGUGGUAACUGGUGGCAGCAUCCAGAUCCCGUUCAAGAAUGAGAAUAUUUAUGUUGAGCACACGGAUUCUGACGGUACUAAAAAGAUCGUGGCAAGUGCCCCGGACUUGAUUGCGGUUCUUGAUAAAGAGACUGGGAGGGCAGUGGGUGUUCCGGAGUACAGGUAUGGAUACCAUGUCGUGGUGAUUGGCAUAACUUGCUCGCCACGAUGGACAGAAACGGAGCGGGGUAUAGAAAUUGGUGGGCCAAAGGGAUAUGGGUAUGAUUUUGAAUAUGUGCCGCUUGGCAAGUAUGUCGAGCCUAGAAGUGUUAUUAUGGAGUAUGCAGAGAAGGAGGGCUCAAAUUUGAAGCCAGAAUAA